GCAAGAUUACUAUACCACCAUUGAUACCUCCUAGUAAUAAUAGUAUGAUAAUCCAAAGCAAAAUUGGUUCUGUUACCCAAACCGAAAUUGAUUUAUUCAUUAGCUUUCUAGAACAGCCUUCUAGAAUACCUAAAACGGCGCUGGAUAAUCUUAUAGCGGAUGGACAAGCUGGUCAAGAUGUAGAAGCUCUAGGUUUAGUGUAUGAACCUGAUAAUAAAACUAUCUCUGGUUACGCUGGCUCCGAAGGUCUUGAUACAAUUGGGCAUAUAGCAUACACCGCUUACCAUAUCCUUAAAACACCUUGUCUCUGGGAUGAAAAUGUUACAGACAAUGAUCCUCAUGAGUAUGGUACAACAUAUAAAGAGC